GGCAGGGAGAGUAAAAUCAAGCAAACCGCGGAGAGGUUUUCUCUCUUGCUCUUGGCACGCCUGUGCGUAAAAACUCAGAGCCUGGCUAUGAUCAGGUAGCCAGAGAGGAGCCAGAGGAGGAAGUAGGGAGGAGGGACCAGUGCCGUGCCGCGGUGCGUGCGGGGAGAAGAGUUCAUACUAGAUUCUCCGGACGCUUCCAACACUGAAAUCGGAGGAUCUCUUCAGUCCUGGCUUUGUAUGCAAAGCAGUAAUGCGCGCAAAGGGACGCAAGACUCCAGUGGUGCUGCGAACCCGCUCAGACAGAGGUUUUUAACACGCUGUCGUUUUAAGAAAGUUGCUCACCUAUGCUGUCAAUGUCAGCACAGGUAGUGAAGAGGAUCCCGGAAGAACUCGUAGUGCGGGUUACCAGGUUGUUGGCAUAGCCUGUACUUUCAUCCCAAAGCCAGCGAGCUCCCAUGGACUUGGUCACCUUAUUCAAAAAGUAGUUCAUCUCUCUUAUAGCUAUUGAUUUAUUGCAAAAUGACCGGAAAGAAGAACCGGGAGCCGAGGAAGAAGAAGCUGUACGUGGUGAUGGACGUGCUGUGCGUUGCAGUUGCUGCACUGCCCUUCAUCAUUAUGACCAUCGUGUUCAAACCAUAUCAAAGGGGCGUUUACUGUGACGAUGAGAGCAUCAUGUACCCCCUAAAACCGGACACCAUCACCCAUGGCAUGCUGGCGGCCGUCACCAUCUCGUGCACCGUCAUCAUUAUCUCCUCCGGAGAGGCUUAUCUGGUUUACAGCAAGAGGAUUUACUCUAAUUCAGACUUCAACCAGUAUGUAGCUGCACUCUACAAGGUAGUGGGCACCUUCUUGUUUGGAGCAUCUGUCAGCCAGUCGCUGACCGACCUUGCCAAGUUCACUAUUGGCCGCCCCAGGCCUAACUUCAUGGCUGUAUGUGCCCCCAAGAUCUGCACGGGAUACAUGCAAGUGAUCAACUGCACCGGCAAGUCACAGGACGUCACGGAGUCCAGAUUGUCCUUCUACUCUGGUCACUCCUCUUUUGGAAUGUACUGCAUGCUCUUCCUUGCACUUUACGUCCAGGCGAGACUGGUGGCUAAGUGGGCCAGACUUCUCCGGCCAACCAUCCAGUUCUUCCUGGUGGCCUUCGCGGUGUAUGUGGGUUACACCCGAGUCUCUGAUUACAAGCACCACUGGAGCGACGUGCUGGUGGGGCUGCUGCAAGGAGCACUUGUUGCUGUACUCAAUGUGCUCUUUGUGUCAGACUUCUUUAAGAAGCGUCCUCCACGUUGCACUAGGCAAGACACAGCUGAUAGUGAAGAGCCAGAGAGGAAACCGAGCCUGCAGAUCGCAGACUCUGAGCACACCAACCAUUACAACUAUCACCACAAUCCUGGCCCUGUGUGAUAGGGAGCUGAUGCUGGGGAAUAAAGGCUGCGGCUUGCAGACCUCAUAGCUGUGUGAUAGGGUCCAACCCAAGGGCUUCAUCCUUGAUUGUGCAGUCGACAGUGUUUAGUUUAGGGAAUAAUCUGAGUCACCUGCAGUCCUGACUCUGUAGGCUGCUCACUGCAGACUCCUGAUGCAAUGUGAGAAGUACUAUGAGUAUGAAAUGUUAAAUUUUACUGUUUCUAUAUGAGUUCCAGCCUGCAACCAGCCCUUUGUAUUUCUGUUUGAAAGGAGUAAAGUUAGGGAUCUGGUCUGUAGCUUGCAGCCUCCAAGCCCCAUGCUCCCUCCCUAUGUGUCAACCACUCACACCCCACCUGCUCCCCAACCACUGGACUGACUGAGGGGGCUGCAUCCCAUUGCCAGGUCUUUGAGCCCCCUCUCAAAGACACCAUGAUGACCUCCUUUUCUCCUGUAAGAGAGAGAGGAGCAUAUUGUUUUUAAGACAUCGUUGUUGAUGUUAAAGUGUAUUUGUUUAAAGCUGCAUUAAGCGAAAAAAAUCCAAUACUACAGACAAAGCUAUGAUAUACUGUUGCCUUUUAUUAAGUGCCUGAGGCUAAUGUGGUAGCAAACGUAACACAGCAGAAGCAGAGAAACAUGGGCGUGCCAUUCACACUCCUUUUCUGGCCAUUCGAUGAAUGUAAGUCUGAUAUUCACUUUGUGUUUAUGCCUGUAUGGGCCCACCAGCUGGCUCUCUUUGGCUUGGUAUUAGUUUCACUUACUUUACCAACCACGUUUUUAAUUAAGCUCACUGUAUUGCAGGACGUACCUAGCAUUUGGUCUGUUUUCUAAGGGUGUGUUUACAGGGCACAGCUGCCCACAGUUUAAUAUAACGUUUCAGUAAGAGCGGUUGGAUUUCAGUUAACCAAAACAACAAUCUUGAAGUGCGUGAAAAAUGCAGUGAUCUGGAAUAGGAAGAUCUGGGUGUUGAUUCACAGUAGGAUUGGCAGCACUAGCAACUCUUUUUACAUUAAUAUCAAAUAUAUCGCUUAAUGGAGUUUUAAUGUGUUUUGUGUGUUUUUAAUUUCUGUUUGUAGAGAAGUUUAUUUAGUUCACUUUUAGUGCACCUUAAGCUGGUUACACACCAGAAAACUGUUGCAAAUAAUAUCACAUUGUUGAAAUGGAAACCAGUUCACAGUAGAUGAGCAAAUAUUCUCCACAUAUCAAGGCUCACAGACUAAACAUGUCAGCUGUCAGCACGGCAUCCCAAAGCUGCUGUGAAAGGACGUGUAUAUCAACUUAACCAACAUGCCAAACUAUAAUCAACAUUCAGAGAUAAUCCUUUGAUCUGAGAUUAGCUGACAAUACGUCUCUACCAGCUCUAUUAACUGCCACACAAACAGGUCUUGUAUCUACUAUGACAAACAAUGAGAUGUUUUUAAAGUGAAUAUACCGGUAUGUCGUUCCUGGUGUCUCACUACUUAGAUCAAGUCUGAUUCUCUAGCACCAGAGAUUCCAACUCCCAGCAGUUUUUCUAUCUUUUAUUGACUGCCAUGUUGUAUCACUGCCCAAGUGUGUCCAGAUAAGUGUCUGGUUUAUCUUAGCCUUUUAGGACAUAAGAACCGGGUAAGAUUCAGCCUUAAUAGUAGUGAUGCUUUUCUAAAAUGUAUAAAUUUGAUUGUGGAGUUUGUGAUUGAUUCAUGUUUCCCCUGUGUGUAAUGGACUGCAGAGGUAGAAACCAUUGAUGCAAAUAACUUUAAGUUCUGUUGGACUUUAUGCGUCAUACCACUACUAUAUAGCCAAUCAAAUAUUAAGAAAUUUGGUCUCUUUUUUUUUGUUUGUUUGUUUGUUUUCUUUUUUCUGUUUUAUUGAGUUUUUUUUUUUAUUUCUCAAAUAAUAGUAAUCAAAGAAGGAUGAGACAACCAUUUUGAAAAUGGCGUUUAAUUUAUUUUAAGAAGUUCUUUAUUAACUCUUAAUAAGGUUGGAAUCGCCAGUGCUGUUAAGGUUUUUGUGCAAUCACCCCUGCUUGCCACUAUGAGCCACAAAUACUGUACUAUGUACUAUCUACUAAUGCUAUGAGAUAUGUUUCAUGUUCCGUGAAGGAUGUGUAUAUAUAUAUAUGCUUGUAUGUUUUUCUUUCAAAUGUAUGUAAGUUUUAAUUUCACCUGUACAGUGUGCUUUGGCCUGUGCCUUCACAGACUGGUGCUUAUUGAAGUUGCCACACAAACUGAUCCAAGUCCAGGUCCAAACAUAAGCCAGAUGCCUUGGCAGGGCUUUUAAAGGGCUGUUGUAAUGAUAAAGGGUUACAUACCCGACUGUGUUUUUGAAGCUAGUAGCACAGCUCCGUUCCCACUUCAAAGAGUUGUCUGUGUUCCUUUUCCCCUUCCUGUGUUGAUAGAUGAGGUUAAUUUGUGAUUAAGGUCUCCUGUGCAGUUCUUGUACAGCAUUCAGACCCCUGGAGUACUGACAACAGAUCAGACAGACCUCAAACUUGAUAAGGGGGGAGACAAGAAGACAAAGAGAGAAUCUCACCUGGUAGUGAUUGUGAGGCCCUGAAGCUGAGAUGGGUCUAGUGAGAGGCGGGGUGCUUUAGGAGUAGUGGUGUGGGGUAUCCCAUGGUGAAACUGGGUCCCUGGGGACCUCUACACAUUUAAAACACAGAUUUACAACAAGACACAGCUGGAACUGGUUGCGGUGAAGUGCCGUGCAAGUCCCCUCCCCUGCUCCUUACAUCUAAAUCAUCUGUGCAUUACUGCAGCCAGACUAAUAGCCCAAAUGAGGAUGAGGAUGUAGGAACGUCAUGGCUUUUGAUUCCCCUCCAGUUUUGUUGAAACCAAGGUUCUCAGCUGGUAAUGUAGCUCCAUGUGUUUUUAUCCUUUACUGGAUUAGUGCUUGAAUGAAUGGGCACUGGUUGGUCAAUCUUGUGUUUAUGUCAACUUCUAGCUAUGGUUCAUGUUGUGUUUGCUUUUGUAUAUAGAUUAUAU